AUGGAAUAUAAAAAUAUUUAUAUUUACCAAUUAAAAUAUUUUAUUAUUUACAAAGUUACAAGUUAUUUCAAUGGAUACAAAUAAUUUAUUAGGCCAUAAGUGGUAACUUAAUAACCUUCUAAGGAAUGGCUAAUAAAAAGCUUAUACUAUUUCUGAGUGAAACCUUGCCUGAUAGCAGUAAUGAUAGUGAUUCUAGUAGCUGGAGUGAUAUAUGCGGCGUGGGAUCAGAAUUUUCGGAAGAUGAAGAUGAAGAAGACAGAUUAUUUUUUCCACUUAUGCAAUAUUUAGUCAGGUUAAGAAGAAAUCGCGUUGAUGACUACUUGCAUAUAGUAGAUUCUUGGACAGAUACUGAAUUUAAAAAUCGUUUGAGGAUAUCAAGAAAAACAGCUUAUCGUCUUAUUGAUGAUUUGGAGAAAUCAGGAUUUAUAGCACAACAUAAAUUUGGAUUAAAACCUUUGGAACCUAAACUAUGUUUUUAUAUAUUUUUGUCUUUCAUAGCCAACACGGAGCCCCUUACUCCUAUAGCAUCAAGAUUUGAUAUAUCAAUAUCUUCAACGUUUCGAGUAAUAAGAAGGGUUGUGGCAUGGGUUUUAACAAAAUUAAAUGAGGCUAUAAAAUGGCCACAAGACUAUAAUGAAAUCAGAACAAUAUGUGAUAAUUUUCAAGGAAAAACGGGUAUAUCAAACAUGUUAGGAGUAAUUGACUGUACCCAUAUAAGAAUUGAGAAACCAAAAAAUGCAAGAGAGUAUUGUAAUCCAAAAGGAUAUUUUUCAAUCAUUUUGCAAGUUACAAUUGAUUCUAAUUUAUGCUUUACAAAUAUUUACUGUGGAGAACCAGGUUCAUCAAACUGUACAAGAGUUUUAAAGAAGUCUCCUUUAUAUCAUACAGCUACUCAAAACAGGAAUGCACUUUUUCCUCAUAAUACAUUUCUAGUCGGGCACUCUGGAUACCCAUCUUUGCCAUGGUUGGUACCUCCAUUUAGAGAAAACAAAAGAUUAACAAUUGAACAAAGGGAGUUUAAUUCACUUCAUGCUGCUACUAGAAAAUUGAGUGAUAAAACUUUCACCACCUUAAAGAAUAGAUUUAGAAGAGUAAAACUAUUUACAGUUUAUAGAAAUAUAGCCUUCAUUACAGAUACAAUUGUAGCUGCUUGUAUAUUACAUAAUUAUUGCCUUAAAGAAAAUGAUCAUUUAGAAGAUAAUGAAUAGA